AUGACCAUGGGAAAGGAAGAUUUUAUUUCGGUUCCCACACCAGUGUUCAAGUCAUCUUGGAUAUCCAAAUUUUCCCGUUGCAAUUUCCUUUUAUCUGAUCAAUUACGCCUAACCCCAGGCUCGACGACGUUCUUCGUCCGACCAUUCCACUUGGCUACCUAUGGAAUCAUGGAAGAGCCCUCCAUAUUGCCGUCUUAUAUUUCCCUGGUAUGCCUAAAACCGACGUGCAACGACCGAAUAUCGCAAGAGUGGGGAUGCCGGUGCCACAGGGGUUGCGGUGAAUUUUUAAAAUACUGCAGUGAGGCUUGCCAGGAGAGCGAUAGCCAACGGCAUGAGCUCUUGUGUGGCCUGACUGCUUGCGCGUUCGAGAUCGUAUCCGUAAACUCUUCGUCUCCGAGCAGGCGGACAUUCGAAGUGCCGUCUUCAUUCACUUUUGAGGAACUUCACUGGGCCAUCCAGUACCUCAUGGGCUGGGCUUGCGACCAGGACCACGAAUUGAAUUUCUACAGUCGGGUAUACAGAGGGGCUCAGCAUACACAUUUUUCUGACGAGGACGUAAUCCUCAAGGUCGCGCCGAAAUCUGUCGACGACGACGACGACGACGGUGUUCAGGACGAGCACACGGUCUUGCUGUCUGAUGUAUUCUCGCCAGGAGGCAGAUUCUCUGGGGAAGUGACCAACCCCAACGGAGAAGUCGCGGCGCUGGUUUAUACAUACGACUUGGGUGACUGUUGGGAGCAUGAGAUCAAGUUCAUGGGGCUUCGACCACUGUCAGAUUCACGACCUCUCUUGAUGUCGCCUUCAGAUAUUCUGGUCGAGCAGUCCUUAAAUACAAUGAGCGACACCUUAGAACUCGAUCAACUCGAACCUCGGAACCUCGUCAAUUUCCAAGAUCCAGACAGGUGGAAAGUGUACAUGGAGCGGAUGGCUGAAAUGUCCAACCAGUUCGCGAAGAUGGAGAUUUAUGAGGACGAUUUCUAG